AUGCAUCACCAGCAACAACACCAGCAACAACACCAACAACAACAACAACUGACACAUUCUAAACCCUCCAACUCAAAUUCGGUAUCGGCAACUUUGUCCGCUAAAUUACUGGGCCCAUCAUCUUUAUCAUCUACAACCUUGACAUCCAUCUUGCCCUCUCAACUGCUGCAAAAAGUGUCUAAAUUGCUGUCGCAAACAAAUCUGUCAGCAUCUUCAAAACCAACAGCACACCACCACCACCACCAGCAGAACUACCACCAUUUGAAUGGUAAAAAUGGAGGAGCUGCAAGCCCUGCAGGAACUACAGGAGCUAUGAAAGUAUUGAGGGGAGCUGGAAACAACAACGUUGCUGUUCCCGAAAAGAGUGUUGAGAAACAUCCACAUGGAAGUGCAACUGCUCUGAUGAAUGCAUCUGCAUCCUCAGUAGAGCACCACCAUCACUAUCACCAUCACCACCACCACCACUCUCCAUCUCCCUCCUCCUCUUCUUCUUCUUCCUCUUCCUCCUCGCCAAAUGCAUCCUCCAUCUUCCCAACAUCCUCGAGCUUGAGAGACAUUUUAUCCUCGGUGUUCUUGAUGCUCGCUUUGCCACAAUCCUUUUCAUUAGUAUUUUGCAUCAUUUACUUGAUGUUGGGCUCAAACUUUAUGGGCGGAAGGUUCUUGGUCAACUUUUUAUUACCACUGGAACACCGCUCAGUUUACAAAGGCUUCAAAAGUAUGUCCCUUUCUGCAUUAAAAAUUACUUUCCUCGACGCGGUUAUCUACUUGUUGUUGACAACUUUUCUAAAGAGAAGAAGCUACUUUAACUAUUUCAUCAUCUUGUCGAAAUCCAUCGUAUCAAGUGAAUUGAUUGGCUCUUCUUCCAUCAACUACAUUAGCUCCAUAUCAAACAAAAAAAUCAUGACCAAGAUUCAGUACGAUGAAAAGAGCAAAAUGCUCUUCAAUAGUAAUCUCGUCAAUGCCUUGUUUUGUUUCAUCAUUAUAAACUACAUCAACUACUUGCUCAACUGGUUUCACUUUACAUCUGUACAACUAGACCAAUCUCCUUAUGAGCUGUCUUUCUUCAAAAUCAUCCAAGAGAGAUUAUUACCAAUCUCGUUAUCAUACAUCAAUAAUCUCAACUACCACGACUACAAAAUCCAAAUAUAUUUAUUCUUAUCCAUCCACAUCAUCAAUAGAGCAUUCUUCUCGAGCAAAUCAACAAUUAUACAAAACUCAAUCCCCAACGUUGGCAGCAGCGAUGAAAUUACUGUCAAUGUCGACCGGAAAAAGUUAUUGGACAUUGAAGUCAAUAUCAAACACGGUGAAGAUGUAAAGAACCUGACUGUCAACCUGAACUGGAAUUCAAUAGCAUUUAAAAAUUUCGAAAACUUUAUCGUCUCGCCUUUUAAUUGCAAACUCACAAAACUAAAGAACAGAAUGAGAGCCUCAUCGACUACAAAGCCCAUAAUUGCUCCUAAAUACACACCCUAUACAACAGCAACUGCUGCAACUGCUGCUGCUGCUGCUGCAACAACAACAACAAGCGCCACAGCCCCCACAACAACAACAACAACAUCAACAACAACCACAACUACUACUACUUCCUCAACAUCCUCGGCAACAUCUAAAUCCUUGACCACAACAACAGUAUCUCCAAAUAUUACCAUUAUAGAAAACACCAUUGUUGUGCAACCUUUUUGGUCCAUUAUUGCUGCCUGUAAGGCGAUGUUUAGAAAUCCAAACUUGUUCAAUGGAGAACCCACAAAAAGAAAAAUUAUUGGUGCGCCAAUCGACAUCGAGUCUGCUUCCAGUACUACUUCUACUUCUACCGCUUCUACUGCUUCUACUGCUUCUACUGCUUCUACUGCUGCCGCAAAAACUCCAAAUUCAACUUCGAGCUCAACAUCAAUUAUACCGUCCACUUCUGAACAAAGGAAACUAAUUCCAAUGGCUGUAGUGGCUAUAGACACAAACAAAGUUGUAUUCAAGUUUUUGUCCCAAAUGAGCAACACCCAUGUAUCAGUCAAGGUGAACUGUAUUUCAUGGUCAUAUUUCAAGAUAUUCACCCAAGAUGAUGCAAAGUAUCUCGUUGUUUAUGGCUUAACUCCGCUUUUCCAAUAUGAGAUUGAAUUGUUUGAUAAAAAUGGUCUUGUUAAGAACUCUUUUUUGAUCAACACCACUAACGGAAAUAAUGAAAUCAGUAGCCAGUCUUUAAAUGAGACUUCAUCCUUGGUCACUUUGCAAACAUCACUUGAAACUACAAUGACAAAGAUUGAUGGUGCAAAGAGCAAAUUGAAAAAAUACAAAAAGGAAGAAAAUAAAAAGAUAUCCGAUCUCAAAAACUCAAUCGAAGUACUCAAGAAUAAAAUUUCAAAGUAUAAUGGCAUUAAACCUGCCAAUGAGAAUCGUGUAUAUGGUAAGAUUCAGGGUUUGAAGCAUUCCGUUAUACAAUUGGAAAGUGAGAUUGAAACCAUAAAGACGGAAAUUGAAACUGCUCAAGCGGAAGAAAAGGAGAUCCAAAAACAAUUUAUCGCCAAGCAAGCUUUACAAACUAAGGAAAUUGAACAAUUGGAAAAUGAAUAUCAUGAGUUUGAAACUAAGAUUAAGGAAAUCAAAUCUCAACUUUCAAAAAGCAAACAGGACUCUAGUCAAUUCUCAACAAAGUAUCAAAAAAUUUUGGCUAAACAAAGUGCAAAGCAAGAUGAAGUUAAACUUGUGCAACAAGAGCUUCGCAACUUGAAGAAGAAUGAAAUUUUGAACAAGUUUUCAAAGAGAAUCAAAAAGACUACUGAAAAAUUUGAAACAAUUAUCCCCAAGAUAAUUAAUGAAACUGAACUCUUGCAAAAUGAGGCUCGUGAGUUGCUCAGUAGUGGCAGUGGUGAAAGAAAUUUGGUAAAUAAACAUAACCACAAUAACAAGAGCAAUAAUGGUAUCAAUAAUGAUAAUAAUAACAUCAGCAACAACGUUGAUCUUGUUGUUGAUAAUAACGAAAGAGAAGAAGCCAAUAAUGAUGGAUAUGGCCAUGUAUAG